UGGGGUUUGACAGAGGAUGUCGUUGGAACGACAAGUCCAAAGAGAGGGAGGAAAAGCAGAAAGGAAGAUACAGAGGAUCAGAGAGAGGGAGGGAGGGUUAGGGGGUUCAAUUCUAGAUAGAGAAAAUUCUGAAAAAGAACGAGAAAACAGAGAGAGUUGAACCCCUCUCUCUCUCUCUUCGUUUUCAUUGGCAAUUUCCAUUUCACAUUCUUUUCAUAUAUUCAUAUCCUUUCUCUUGCUAAGCGUCGUGGCCUUCAUAUCCUCAGCGAUUUCUGCGUUCGAAUUCAAGAAUCGCAGUCAAACGAAUAUACGUACCAAGGAUUAAGAAUACUCCAAGGUUUGAGCUAUUUGAAUGGGAAAUUGCUGUGUCACUCCGGUUGGUUCUUCAGGGAAUAGGGAAAAAAACAAAACAAAAAAGAACAAUAAGGGAAAUAAGAACAAGAACAAGGGAAACCUAUUCUCUGUUGAGGAUGGGGCAACAUAUCAAGGAAAUGACGGUCCCAAAAAGCUAAUAGUGUUGAAAGAUCCCACAGGGCAUAACAUUCAUGCGAAAUAUGAUUUGGGGAGGGAGCUGGGGAGAGGAGAGUUUGGGAUCACAUACUUAUGCACCGACGUUGAUUCGGGUGACAAAUUCGCGUGCAAAUCCAUAUCGAAGAAGAAAUUGAGGACUGCAGUGGAUAUCGAUGACGUGAGGCGCGAGGUUGAGAUCAUGAGACACUUGCCGAAACACCCGAACAUUGUGACCUUGAAAGACACUUAUGAAGAUGAUAUCGCAGUGCACAUUGUGAUGGAGUUGUGUGAGGGCGGAGAGCUGUUUGACCGGAUCGUGGCGAGGGGACACUACACCGAGAGGGCAGCUGCUGGGGUUAUGAAGACCAUUGUGGAAGUUGUCCAAAUGUGCCACAUGCAUGGAGUGAUGCACCGUGAUCUCAAACCUGAAAACUUCCUUUUUGCAAACAAAAAAGAAACAGCUAUGUUGAAGACAAUUGAUUUUGGGCUAUCUGUCUUCUUUAAACCUGGAGAGAUCUUUAAUGAGAUAGUGGGAAGUCCAUAUUACAUGGCUCCUGAAGUUCUGAAGCGGAAUUAUGGCCCAGAGGUUGAUAUUUGGAGUGCGGGGGUGAUACUUUACAUUCUUCUUUGUGGUGUUCCUCCCUUUUGGGCAGAGACUGAACAAGGAGUAGCUCAGGCAAUCAUUCGCUCCGUAGUAGAUUUUAAGAGAGAUCCGUGGCCAAAAGUUUCAGAUAAUGCAAAGGACCUUGUAAAGAAAAUGCUUAAUCCAGAUCCUAAGAAACGUCUCACAGCUGAGCAAGUUCUUGAGCAUCCAUGGCUACAAAAUAUAAAGAAAGCACCCAAUGUUCCUUUGGGUGAGACUGUUAAGGCAAGACUGAAGCAAUUUUCUGUCAUGAACAAGCUCAAGAAAAAAGCCUUGACGGUCAUUGCUGAGUUUUUGUCCGUGGAGGAAGCUGCUGGUAUAAAGGAAGCAUUUGAUGUGAUGGACACCGGAAAGAGAGGCAAAAUAAACAUUGAUGAACUUAGAAUCGGCCUUCAAAAUCUUGGCCAUCAAAUCCCCGAUGCAGAUCUGCGCAUCCUUUUGGAAGCUGCUGAUGUUGAUGGAGACGGGAAUUUGAAUUAUGGGGAGUUUGUUGCGGUUUCCGUUCAUCUGAGAAGGAUGGCUAAUGAUGAGCAUCUGCACAAAGCAUUUUCAUUCUUUGAUCGGAACCGGAGCGGCUAUAUUGAAAUUGAUGAGCUUCGGAUUGCUUUAAGCGAUGAAGACUAUGGCGGUGAUGACAACAACAAUGAGGAAAUAAUCAUUGCUGUCAUGCAUGAUGUUGAUACAAAUAAGGAUGGACGGAUAAGCUAUGAGGAAUUUGCAUCAAUGAUGAAGGCGGGUACGGAUUGGAGAAAAGCAUCACGGCAGUAUUCUAGAGAGCGUUUCAAUAGUCUGAGCUUGAAGUUAAUAGGGGAUGGCUCCUUACAGCUCUCCAAUGAGGACACAUGAAUGAACAAGAAGAUAGUGUAGUGUACACAUUCCUAUAUUUUCACGUUUUUUUUAAUUGUUGAUUUACUAAAUUGAACAAGUUGUUUCUGCAUUUCAAAAUUUUCACCUUUGCAUAUAAUUCCUCCACGUUUUGGUUUCUUCUUGUUCAGGUGUGCAUUCUUCUUGUAGCUUGUGUUUCUUUCUAAUGGCCGUAUUAGGUUUGGAUGAUCCUUAGUAAUAUUGGUUGAAUUGAAUCAAAUUGAUGAA